GAAGGAGAGAGAGUUGAAAACCAACUCACGCAUGCGUGCUCAAUCGAUCACUUCUUUUAUGAAUCAAUCUCCUUUUUUCAAUUCGAUCCCUCUAAGCUACCACGCUCUUCCAUGUGAUAGAUUCUUCAUCCAAUCAUACAUACAAUUUCUUCUGUGGGAUAAUAUAAAAAAUUAAUCACAUGAGGUUGAACACCCAACAGGUUUCCGGCGAUCAUCUUCUCCCCCCAGCUCCGGCGUCCGUACAGAAACAACCACCGCAUAAACCGCCGCAGGAUCAGCCUUUGAAGUGUCCGAGGUGCGCCUCAACAAAGACCAAGUUCUGUUACUACAACAACUACAACAAGUCCCAGCCCAGGCACUUCUGCAAAGGCUGCAAACGCCACUGGACGGCCGGCGGCACCCUCCGCAACGUCCCCGUCGGCGGCGGCCGCAAGAAUCACGGUGGUAGUUUUCACAAGCGCCUCAUCAAGACUGACAAACGUGCCGCGCCGGCCGCUCCCGCCGCGGCGUGUGAUCAAGAACCACCGGCCGGUACUGAUUCAAUUAACGGCGUGAAGAUUACUAACGUUGACCCGUCUUCGCCGUUAGUUCCACGUGGCAACGACAUAAAAGUCCCGUCUUUUCCGGUCCCGAGCUCUAAUUUCUGCUACUUUGAUAGUGAUAUAAUCCAUAAUUGGGUGGAGGUAACACAAUUAGAUGAUAAUAAUUUGUCUUCUUUGGGUAAUUAUGCAUAUAGUGACAUCAUUGGAGAGUUUGAUUAUGCCGAGGAAUCAGCAAUUACAACGUUAAUGCCAUUCACAAGCUGUAAUAAUACCAUUCUUUCUCAUCAGCCAUAUUGGAAAGACGAGCAAGAAGAAGCAAUGGAUAUUACCACCUUCUGGAGUUUAGGUGAUAUAGAUUCUCUUGUUUCUGCCGAUCUCAAUAAUACUCCAUGGGAUGAUUUAGAGAUCAAACCCAAGGGAAAUUCAUAGUUUUUUUUUAAUUUCCAAUUCUUUUUUAUUAUCAAAUAUCAAUUAUACUAAUAUACGUAGUAGGAAGUAUAUUAUUAGAAAAUAAACACAUUCAUUUCCGACCAAUUUAGGUAAUUGGUCAGCGUGAAUUAGUUGGAAAUUUUAGCCUACUGAUUCAAUCAUUAAUAUAAACUGUUGUGAUGAACGGGUUUUAAUGCUUUGUAAUCUUUUGUAAUAUAUAAAUCCCGACAUUAAUCCA